UUGCUUUUGACCCCGAUGCACAUCAACGCGACCACAGUCAUUGUCGGCGACAAAGUCGUUCUCGUGCCGUAUCUUCCGGAGCAUGUCCCCGCGUACCACGAAUGGAUGCAAAAUGAAGAGCUGCAAGCUCUUACUGCAAGCGAGCCUUUGACGCUUGAAGAGGAAUACGAUAUGCAGCGCAAAUGGCGUGAAGACCCGGACAAACUGACGUUCAUCGUCCUGGCGCGACAGACUGGCGAUGGGCUUGACUCCUCACAAGUACUCGGUCCGCACGAUGCCUGUGUGAAAGCGCUGCCUAUGAUUGGGGAUGUCAAUAUUUUCUUGCACGGGAAGGAAACGGACGAGGAGUUCUAUGGUGAAGCGGAAGUUAUGAUCGCUGAAAAGGAAUACCGCCGUCGUGGAUGUGCACGAGAGGCGUUGCAGCUGCUGCUUGGCUACGCGACUGCCUCCUCUGUUGGGCACUUCAUCUGCCACAAACCACCACCACAGCCAGAUCAAUCUAGCCUACUCCCACUCCCCCCGACUGCUCUUCUCGUUCGCAUAUCUGAAUCAAACGUUCCGAGCAUCAAGCUGUUUGAGGGUCUGGGUUUUCAAGUGACGAAACGGGUCGAGGUUUUUGCGGAGGUCGAGAUGCGGUGGAGGGCUGGCGCUGCCUGA